AUGAGUUACUAUCCCGACGAUGACGAAAGUGCAGACGAGGUCCCAUGGGCGCCGCCGCCAGACUACUUUGUUCUGAAAACUGAAGACUUCGUCAUGAAAUCAGAAGGCUUCACACAUCCCGAGAACAGCAAUAAGGGACUCAUCUUCGGCGUAGGCCGCGUCCCACCGGACUGGGCCAAAGAAAGCCGGCGGGAUUUAGAUCACACGAAUAAUCUGUUUACGGAAGAUCGCCAACUGAUUGAAAAUGAACUGUGCUGGCAUUGUGGGUUGACCGCCUACCAACAGGUCUUCACCUCCUACUCACCUCCUCUCAAAAUCCUUAGCACGAAAGCGAAUUCCGGGCUUUGGGCCAUGGGUUCAAAUUGGCUACUUAAGGAUUUCCCCAACGACGGCUGCUCUCCCGGAAACGAUUAUAUCACGCACAAGUUCUUGCGUAGCCAGCUUGGCCCCGAGGCUCCCCUCAUCAGCGACAUGCAGCUCCCGCUUGCUGAGAUUCUACAUCUGCUCUCGAAAAAGGCGUCGGAUGAUUUGAGCGAGCAGCUCUUCCAGUUCUUGCGGCAGAUUAGACGGUUUACCGCGCUCGGCGCUCAGAAGGUCGACGGCGGGAAACUCGAAGAUCGGAUUCUGGGCGCUUGUGAAGGGAUUGGCUACAGACCGGUUUGCAAACGCAUCGGGUUCACGACUGACGAGUGGUUUGAGAAUAUUGCCGAGGAGCUACGUAUGGGAUUGUCAAAGAUCCAUAAGACCAGCGAUCCUCUCAUCAUCGACAAGGAGUUUCAAAAACUCAAGGACAAUUUCCCUAAGCCAGAGCCCUAUGUGCUUACCCACUGCGACUUGACGGAGGGUAAUAUCAUCAUCAAGGAUGGGAAGAUCUCGGCCAUCAUCGACUGGGAACAUGCGGGUUACUAUCCCUGGUGGGUCGAGCGCUAUAUAGCUACCGGUCUACGCAGCUCAGCCAUCACGCUUUCAGCUCUGCCACGUCUAGAGCCCUGCAUGAGCGAUGUGGAAUUCCGAAAAGCAGUGCUUUAUAAAUUGGCGCCGGUUCGCGAGGCGUGGAACGCAUGUAAGAAAGAACAUCCAGGUAACUACGACGGUUGGCAACGUCCACCCUUCUCGAAAGGCUCACCUUGA